GUCCCAUCUCACCGUUCACCAUCACCAUGUCUGAUUCAGAACCAAGCCGCACUGUAGGCCGUCCCACUGGCGCGUCUGUAGCGAAACCUCCUGGUGCUCAGGUUCGACGGAGAGCGGCUGGUUCGCAGGCAGCAGCAAAGCCUAACUCCUCUCGUGCAGCUGGCGCCGGGGGCUCGUCGAACACGAUGUUGAAGCUUUACACAGACGAUUCACCAGGACUCAGGGUAGACCCAUUCAUUGUCUUGAUGCUCUCCAUCUCCUUCAUAGGCUCCAUUUUCUUCCUUCACAUCUUCGCCAAAGUCGCUCGGUACUGGACCAAAUAAUCAGUUUACUCCCCGCACAUUCGUUUUUGGGUUAUAGUGGAUGAUCUGGCGUAUCUCUGAUCUCUGUUCUUCCACUCUCGCUGUACAAAACGCAUCGCUCAUAGGAGCGUUUGUCUGUAUUUCGGACGGUAUUUAUAGCGUUUGGCUUUAAUCCGGACUUAGGAUGGUGACCGACGAGGUUUCCGUGACCGCAUUUGUCCA